GGUCAUGAAUAAUAAUUUAUUAGACCCAUGAUCAAGUUAAGUACGUUGCGACGGUAGCUACUUUUUAGACACGCUUUACUGUGUCUGGGACCACUGGAUCUACCCUAAACUAUGACCAGCAUCCAAAUCCAGGGCGAGCACCGCACUCCCCCCGUCUACUCCUAUGCAAGCAAGGAGGGCUUGGAAUCAGACGGUUCCACUUCUGACCAUGAACCAGAUGAGUACACCUCCCUGCUGGCAGCCAGUGCCCCACCUGCUACUGGUAACCUCGGAAACCGCUCGGUGUCAUCACUACUGGAUAGGUACAGUGAUGUCCGCAGUACUUUGAAGCCUAAGGCUAAGAGCACUUGCCUGGGGCGCUGGUGUGAGCCUCGCUGGAGAUCCAUCUACAUCAUGUACUUCACCAUGUUCCUGAGUGCAGUCACCUUCUCCAUUGUGCUCUCUUCAAUAUGGCCGUACCUGCUUCAGGUGGACCAAGUUAAUGCCACUCCAUUCUUCCUGGGCUGGGUGAUAGCCUCGUACAGCUUCGGACAACUCGUGGCCUCUCCUUUGUUUGGCUUCUGGGCUGACAAGAGACCUACCCGAGAACCCUUAUUGGUUGCUAUAGUAAUCAAUGUGGUGUUUAGUCUCCUCUACUGCUACUGUGGUGCUAUACCAUCUGGAGUGUCGGGGUACAUCAUUAUCGUAUCCAGGGCUAUGGUCGGAUUCGGAGCAGCUGUGGCUGCUAUCGUGCGCUCCUACGUCUCUGAGGCCACCACUGAGAAGGAGAGGACUGGGGCCAUGGCUGGAGUGAGCUCUGCUCAAGCACUCGGCUUCAUUCUGGGACCUGCGCUUGGUUUGGCCUUUGUUCCUCUGGGUAGUACGGGAUUUGUGAUUGAGCCGAUUCGGUUCCACUUUAAUGUAUACACUGGCCCUGGCUACCUGAGUGCUCUGAUGGGGGUCAUCAAUGUUGUACUGCUCUUUUUCUUCAAGGAGGUCAAGCUCUCCAGCACCAGAGACAAGAAGAUGAGAGACCGAAAGGUGUCACCUGACCACACACUGCCUCUGGUCACCCAACGAAAGUACUUUGAUCGCUGUGCAGCUGGCACAAUGAUUGUCCUGUUCUUUGUCGUCCUUUUUGCCUUUGCUGUUUUAGAAACGAUAGCAGCUCCUAUGAGUAUGGACGAGUUUGCAUGGGGAAAGCAGCAGGCUAUUCUCUACAACAACGCCUUCUUUGCUGGUCUGGCAGUCCUCGCCAUAGCUACCUUCAUAUGCAUCAAGUUCAUCACUAAGUGUGUUGACGAGAGGGUAGUUCUAAUGGUGUCCUUGUUCCUGAUGGCCAUUGGCUACUUCGUCCUCCUCCCUAUGGGGGACACGCUUCCUAAAGUUGCCAUUUCAUGGCUGGACUCUCCUAUAUCUACCAACUCUAGUGUGCCGUGGGACAAUGAUAACAACCUGACGCACUUGGAGGGGGUGGGCUGUCGAGAUCCCCCACAGAGCUGGUGCACCUACAUCUCCCAGAUAUACCUAGUCCAGUACAUUCUGGCACUCAUGUUACUAGCCAUUGGCUAUCCGGCCGGAAAUCUCAUCUCUUAUGCUAUCUUCUCCAAGAUUCUGGGGCCUUUCCCUCAGGGCACGAUGAUGGGUAUUCUGACAGCUGCAGGCAGUCUAGCAAGAGCUCUGGGGCCGAUGUGUGUGACCGCCCUCUACCAACACUUUGGACCCACCGUCACCUUCUCCUCCGUGGUAGGUCUAAUGGCAGCUGCCAUUCUCCUGUUACUAUUCACCUCGUACAGACUCAAACCUUACAGUAGCAAUAGCUAGCUGUUUUGAAAUUCGUAUGUUUAUUUUGUGUUUUUUUGUGGGUUUUUUUUCAGCUUUGGCUAUAUUAAAUUAUAAAUACUUUUCUGACA